CACGCGACUCAAACUCCGCCUCCCGCGUGGGCACUUCCAAGAUGGCAGCGCCCAUGAGCCGCGACGUGUGACAAGUAACCGAGGCGAUCGCGGCCUGGGCCAUGAAGCGGGAAGCCCGUUCCUCUUCGGCGGUUGAGGGCAGCCAAGCCGCCUGGAGGAAAGGCGGAAGAAGGCGGCCUCCGCAAAAGAAGCAGCUGCCGAUCGGGAAGCUCCACAAACUGGAGCUGGCGGUGAGGGAAUUCGUAGAGGCUGCGGGAGGGCCCGAAGGCGAUGGUGCCAGCUCCCCCGGGUCCCUUCAGCAGCCGGCCUGGAACGGCCGCAGGAAUCGUCGAGAAAUGAGGAGAGAGAAGCGCAAGUUGAAGCGCGGGCGGCGACGGCGGCUUUCGAUCGUCAGCGGGGAAGCCGAGAGCCCGCUCCCCUCACGGGCAGGCUCCGUUAAAAAGAGGACGCCGCCGCCGCCGCCGCCGCCACCGGUGGGAGAAGAAAAAAAAGAAAAAGAAAAGAAGCCGCGGGCGAAGGCCCAGCCGCCGGCCAAGCAGCCCCGGACAGCUCCCUCCGCUUCGGCCGCGGCUCGCAAAAGAGCCCUGCUGGCAGCCAACGAGGCGGAGGAGCGGGAGAUCCGCCGCCUGGAGCGGCAACUGGGGCUCCACAAGCGUGGCAAGAAGCGGCGAAGGCUCGACCAGGAGGGGGAGGCAGCAGCGGAGGAGGCAGCAUCCUUGCCGCAAAGCUUCGCCCGGGACGGGCUGGACUUCGUGCUGGACGCGCUGAAGUCCGAGGCCGCUUUCUCGGACCUCUACGAGAAUGGCGAUGUGGAAGAGGGAGACGGAAGCGAGACCGAAGAAGAAGAACGGCUGAGCCCCGGAGAGGACAGCGAGGGUGAAAUGGGAAGCUCCGGAGAUUCCAGCCCGGAGGAAAGAAGUGAAAGCGAAAGCAAAGAAGGGGAGGCCAGCCGAGAGGCUGCUGGACAGGCUGGGGGAUUCCUGGAAUUGAAAUCCACAGAUAUUAAUAUUGCCAAGCCUGAAAAGCAGAAUUGCCAAGCAUGGAGGCCUGAGAAUUCUAACCAAGAUGCUGGAAAGUAUGUUCCUCCUCAGAUGCGAAUUCCCGAAGAAACAAUAGAUUCCAACAAGAAAGAAGAAUUAGAAAGACUAAAAAAAACAGUGAAAGGUCUGAUUAAUAGGUUGAGUGAACCAAAUCUAGCCUCCAUCAGUGGGCAGUUGGAAGAACUGUAUAUGACGAACAGCAGAAAAGAUAUGAAUGAAACAUUAACAGAUACUGUUAUCUCUGCUUGUGUUCUGGAAUCAGCAAUGCCUUCCAGGCUCCUGUUGGAGCAUGUUCUUUUGGUUAGUGUUCUUCAUCAGAAUGUGGGAAUCGAGGUCGGUGCUAAUUUUUUGGAAACUGUGAUGAGGAAAUUUGAUGAUGUCUACAAAAGCAAAGCCGAAGGGAAAGAGUGCGAGAACUUGCUGAUUUUAAUUGCUAAUUUGUAUAAUUUUUAUGUAGUGCAUUCACUGCUGAUCUUUGACAUCUUAAAAAAGCUUGUUAGCACUUUUUCUGGAAAGGAUAUUGAACUGAUCCUGCUGCUGCUGAAGAAUGUGGGCUUUUCCCUGAGGAAGGAUGAUGCCCUAGCACUAAAGGAACUUAUCACUGAGGCCCAGAAAAAAGCAAAUGCAAUGGAAAAACAGUUCCAGGACCAGUCAAGGGUUUGCUUUAUGUUGGAGAUUAUGCUGGCACUAAAAAAUAAUGACAUGAGGAAAAUUCCUGGUUAUGACCCAGAACCAGUUGAAAAAUUACGAAAACUGCUAAGAACACUGACACACAGUAGUAAUUCCGGAAAAGAAUCUCAGCUUCGUGUGUCACUGGAAUCUCUCCUCACAGCUGAUCAGGUCGGUCGCUGGUGGAUUGUUGGGUCCUCUUGGAGUGGCGCUCCAAUGAUUGACAGCACUAGCAGCAAAACUGAACAAAUAUUGCCUGUGGGAAAGGUAAGCUCAAAGAUUCUGAAACUCGCUCGUAAGCAGAGAAUGAAUACUGAUAUCAGAAGAAAUAUAUUUUGUAUCUUGAUGACAAGUGAAGAUUUUUGGGAUGCCUUUGAAAAACUUUUGAAGCUUAAGCUUAAAGAUCAACAGGAGAGAGAGAUAGUCCAUAUCCUCAUAGACUGUUGCCUGCAAGAGAAGACUUACAAUCCCUUCUACGCAUAUUUAUCUGCCAAGUUCUGUGAAUACGAAAGGCGAUUUCAGGUCACAUUCCAGUUCUGUAUUUGGGACAAAAUCAGAAAUUUAGGAAGCCUAUCAACUGCCGCUUUCUCCAACUUAGUUCAUCUUGUGACUCACCUGCUAAAGACUAAAUCACUCUCUCUCACAGUCUUCAAGGUGAUUGAAUUCAGUGACUUAGAUAAGCCAAAAGUUCACUUUCUGCGCCAGGUGUUAUCUGCAUUAUUCCUAAAAACGGAACAAGAAGAUCUCAACUAUAUAUUUGAAAAGUUGUCUGACAAUCCCAAGCUGGGGAUGCUACAUGAAGGCUUGAAGCUUUUUCUUACCCAUUUCUUGAUGAAAAAUAUUCAAGCUCACACAGAUGUUAAAGAGGGUGCUUUACUGAGAGAGAAAAUUGAUCUAGUAACUAAAACACUGAAAGCAAAAGAAUCAAAAUUGAAAUUAUAAUAUCAAGAAUAUUAUAGAGAUUUCUUUAUGGGAAAAAAAAAAGAAAAUAUUUGGGGAAUGUGGUGGCAUAGGCUAUACAGAUGUCAUUGUUUUAUAUAGAUUUACGUAGAUUCUUUUAUAUUCAGAUUUAUAUGCAUAUAUUUAGCAAUAUAUGCACAUAUAAAUGCUUUUUAAAUAAUCAGGGAUUUUAUUAAAAGACAAAACAAAAUCACCAAUGAACAUUGGGAGAUUUUGAGCAAAAAAAUAAAUUUUAUUUCAAACAUACCUUGAUAUUUUCUGUGAACCUCUUUUAAAGUACACAUAGAGCAUUGAAUGGGAUUUAUACAUUAUAGUAAACAUGGCCAAGUUAAUUUCAUAUUUCUUAUCCCAUUUUAUUCUUUUUGUAAAUUUUUAUCUUGCUCUUUUUAUCUUGUUUGUAAUGCAGAAACUUAAAUUCCCCACUGUUUUGCUAAAUUACCAUUCUGUGUGAUUUAAAGAUGUAUCUUGUACAAACAGUAAAUGGGAAUGUCAUGCUUUAAUAAAAAUAAUACAUAAUUUUA